CUAAUGCAGAGGAAACUGGUUUAUCAGUUUCCUCUUUGGUUGGUAAAGCCUGUUUUGGGACCUGUAGCCUGGAGAUUUCUUAGAGAUUUGGGAGGGAUGAAAUCUCCAAUCCUGGGCCCAUAUUUUGGGAGCAGCCAGCGUGCUGAUUGCACAGGUGUGUGCAGGCCUUUUAGGGGAAGCCAGGCCAUGAUUCUGGGCUCCACCCCGGCAAACGGAGUCAGGAGGGCUCCACCCCGGCAGAUAGGAGUCAGGAGGAUUCUACCCCGGCAGGAGGUCUCUGCCGUGGAGUCAGGUGGAAGCCAGACUAGCUGUGGGCUAGUG